ACUGAUAGCUUUCGACAGCGGAAAAAAACAUCAUUUCCCUUCUUGACCAAGAAAUGCUAAUGCUGACGUACGUGGAUUUCGUGCUGCGCCGAUACCCUGAGCUGGAGAGCUUCGAGCACAGCAGCCGAACGAUCUCCCAGUUUCUCGGGCCACCACCGAGUCUCUCCCUUACCGAGGUGUGUAGCGUUGGAACAACUGCAAUGCUUGAUUGGAUUUGGAGCGCUAGUUGCGUUCAGAUUGAGGACAGAACCCAAGGGUGGUCUCUCACGAAUUACCUGAGAUCGGACCCGCAUUACUACCGCUGGGUUUUUGUAAAGUCAUUGUCUGCAGCAGCCGAACGAGGAGACCUCGCGAUAGUGAAGUGGUUAUUCGCCCAUUUCUCCAACUGCGAAGCACCUGUGGACGUAGCCAUAGCUGCUGGACGACAAGGUCACCUCCGCGUGCUGCGGUUUCUUUGGGAGUAUCGAUCUGGCAGGUUUACAGUGUUUACUGAAAACGAUUCGGUUGUUGCAGGAAAGUGCACCGUGCAAUUUGAUGAGGGUUGGGAUGGACACUGCUGGGGAGUCCCUGUGGGUCCCCACGGGGGACCCACAGUCAUCAGCAAAGCUAUCGAGAACGGAGAGCUGGUUCAAUGCCUGGAAGAAGGAAUGGUACUCCAUUCUUACGAUCGAAAGCUAGCAAUUAAACACGCUUUGCAGCUGGGGGAUAUGGAUUUGGCAAUGAGAUUACUUCCUCCAGGCAAGUCCAUUGCUCAAUACGCUGCGGAUGAUGCGCGACCUGAAAUGAUUCAAAUUAUGUUUGACAGUGGAAAGCUGCAGUGGGAUGAAGAACGUUCAGCGACUGCUUUUGGUAAUCUAGGAACCCAUGGGAACUUGGAGCUCAUGCAGCAGAUUUUCCAGCUUCACUCGCCACUUCAGAAAGACCACCAGAGCUGGGAAUAUGCGUGGAGUAAAGCAUUGAAAGGGGCACGUUCCAAUGGAGAUUUGCGUGUUUUGCAGUGGUUGAUGCAGUGCCCAGUGAGAAGUGACGAGAACGGCGAACUGCCGAGAUGUCAGCAAAAAGUACUAUUUUAUAAUGCCGCCAACAAGGGCCAUGUCAGAGAGAUGCAGUAUCUGUGCGACCAAGGACUGGUUAUUGAUAAAUUCGACCGUUACACUAUUGGAGCACUCCCCAUGGACUCUUUGAAGUGGAUAGCAGAAAACGAUAUGAUUAGCGAUCAGCAUGCAUUUAGUUGCGCCAUCGCAAAGGCUGCGCUGCAUGGUCGUCUGGACAUACUGCAGCUUUUUCAGACUUUGGAUACUCCUGGAGGCUAUGAAGCUGUUGGGCUAAAGAGAAGACGAACCGGUAAGGCUUUUUCAUUGUGGGGUGAUACGUUUUACUGGGCGGCGAGUGGCGGUCAUGUGCACGUGCUAGAAUGGCUACAGGUUAACUAUCCUGCCGAAUGUGGAGCCGACGCCAUGACCACUGCGGCACGUCGUGGACAUCUAGAAGCAGUAAAGUGGCUACAUGCACAUCGGACUGAGGGGUGUACGUCAGAUGCAAUGUACUACAAUGGGAAGUUUGAGAUGGUUAAGUGGCUGUAUUUGAACCGCCCAGAGUCUCAUACACCGGAAGCCAUCGUGAAAGCCCUACAAAACGGUCAUUUCCGAAUUGCGUAUUGGCUUGCGAGAAAGUUUCCAGAGUUCAAAAUUCACCGAUACUGGUUCAAUGUAAACGACAGGAGGCUCGUUUGGAACUCUAUUCCGCUGGAAUUGCUUCUCUUUCUUCAAGCGGUCUACCCCUAUUUUUUCACUGCGACGUACAUCCGAAUGCUUCGAAAGGACUCCAGUAACGAUGCAGUUGUUGUGGAUUGGCUCGAUGACAAUUGGCCCUGUGAAGAAGACUAAGCCGAGAUUUCAUGAAGAAAUGUUUGCGAUUUCUGCUAGUGUGCCUCUUUCUUAUAAUGCUACAUAAUGCAAGCUGCUAAAAAAAAAAGAAAUAUUUCCUACGUUCGAGCACGUUGUGUUAAUAUCUAGUGCUUAAUUGAGUCGACAAGUUAUCGACGAUAAGUUAGCAGGUUCUGGGACGCGCUAGU